GUCCUAAGACAGACACAGUCACUCAAACUACUAGAUAUACAAAUCAAUACAAAACUAACUAGAAUUAUUGUAGUCAAGAUGCUACACUACCAACCAUUGAGCAUCACCAAUAUAUCUGGAUCUGUACAGGAACAAAAAUGAGACAGCUCAAAAAAUCAGUCGUUUUAUACAAGUACGUAAUAUAUAUAUAUAUAUGAUAUUGAAGAAACAUGUUGCAUGUUGUCUUGACGAUAUAAACAGCGCCUUAUUUAGUUAAAAUUAAAAUAUCGAUUUUACUUUUUGUUUCGAUUACCAUACUUUUAACAAUUAUCCAUCAUCUAUAUGUGCCUGGCGUUUGUUGAAUUAUUGAUUUUCUGCAUCUGAGUUUUAAGUUCGGAUCGUAUAUGCGACUGUCUUCGCUAAAUGUAUACACGUCGUUUUUCAAGGUGCUGUUAGGAUCUGAAAGUCUAAGUCCAGCCUUGAUUUUGACAACAUUUAAACUUUAUAAAAACAUCUAUCAAUAUGAUACUUUCACGUUCUAAACCUGCACUUCAGAAACAAAAAUAUGUCCCAUUACAAUCAAGGAAGAUUCCGAGUUUAAAAGAAUUUGUUGACAAGCGCGACUUCACCGGGGCACUAACUCUUUCGGAAUUUGAGCGCUGCUGUGGUAAUUCCAGUAUUGAGACAGAUCUAUGGGUAGCAUACUCGGCUUUUCACUUAGGAGAAUAUAAAAAAGCCGCAGAAGAGUAUAGGAAACUCCUCGAAAAACCUAAUGCGCCUCCAGAGGUUCACACGUACCUCGCAUGUUGUUACUUUUUCCUUGGAAUGUACCAGGAAGCAAUGAAGUCUGCUAAAGACGGCCCAACAUGCAAACUACAAAAUAGACUUCUGUUGCACGUAGGUCAUAAAUUAAAUGACGAACGCGCCCUUCUCAGUUGCCACAACUCGUUAGACAACUCAACAGAAGAUCAGCUAUCGCUGGCCUCAAUUCACAGCCUUAAAAACCACCAUCAGGAAGCUAUCGACAUAUACAAACGCAUCUUAUUGGAUAAUAGAGAAUACUUGGCAUUAAAUUUAAACAUAGCUUUAUGUUAUUAUAAAAUGGAUUAUUACGAUAUAUCUCAGGAAGUAUUAGGAAUAUACCAGCAACGAUAUCCAGAUAGUGCAACGGCCACUAAUCUAAAAGCAUGCAUUAAUUUCAGGUCGUACAAUGGCAAGGCAGCUGAAGCAGAACUAAAAGCUCUUCACAGUGUUUCUACUUCAUCAUUUACAUACGCACAAGAUCUCAUUAAGCACAACUUAGUUGUGUUCCGUAACGGGGAAGGAGCUCUGCAGGUGCUACCACCCUUGUUAGACGUCCUACCAGAAGCAAGACUUAAUCUUAUCAUCUUCCAUUUGAAAAAUGACGAACUACAAGAAGCAUAUGAACUUACUAAAGAAAUAGACCCUAACACACCACAAGAAUAUGUACUAAAAGGAGUUGUGAAUGCCAUUCUGGGUCAAGAGCAUGGGUCACGUGAGCACUUGAAACAGGCUCAACAGUACUUCCAGCUAGUGGGAGGAUCAGCCAGUGAAUGUGAUACAAUAUCCGGACGUCAAUGUAUGUCUUCUUGCUUUUUUCUUCUUCGGCAGUUUGAUGAUGUUCUUAUAUAUCUAAACUCGAUAAAAAGCUACUUUUAUAAUGACGAUAUAUUUAAUUUCAACUAUGCUCAAGCUAAGGCAGCUGUAGGAGCGUAUAAGGAGGCACAAGAAGUGUUCUUGCUCAUUCAAUCAGAACAUAUUCGUUCAGAAUAUACAUAUCUAAGUUGGCUAGCAAGGUGCUACAUUAUGACUAAACAAGCUCGUUUAGCAUGGGAGCUAUAUCUAAAAAUGGAAACUUCAGCCGAAUCCUUCAGUCUGCUGCAGUUAAUAGCUAAUGACUGUUACAAAAUGGCACAAUUUUAUUACGCCGCUAAGGCAUUUGAUGUACUAGAGAGAUUGGACCAAAACCCAGAGUACUGGGAGGGUAAACGUGGAGCAUGCGUCGGUGCCUUCCAGCUCAUAAUAGAUGGACAAGAACCCAAGGAAAGACUUCGAGAGAUAAUUCAAAUCUUGCGUAAUACAAAUAACCCUCAGAUAGAAUAUCUUAUACGUAUUAUGAAGAAAUGGGCAAAAGAAAACAAGAUUGUUGUAUAAUGAUGAGCAUAAACUGUUGUAUGAUUUGUACGUGUAUAAUAAUUAAACAAACCCAUGAAUUCUUCAUAAAUGUUUGUUAUUCUUAAGGAAGUUUGAGACGAUAGUUAAUAAAGAGUAUCAAGGAAAGAAAUUGUCUAUCAAAUGCCGAAAAACCCUACAAAAUUAGACACAUUUUUCUAGAAAAAACUAUUUGUAUCGAUAUAAUUUGACUAAUUUUUGAUUUACUGUAAAUAUGCAGCGAAUUAUCCUAUCAAACGAUUGAACACCAUAUUGUAAGAAGAAAAUGAUACAAGAACUUAAUCUGCUUAUUUAAAUAUCUAGAAGUGCUGCUUUUCUUUGAUAGUACGUUUCGUUACUAAGUCAUUUACAAUAUAAAAGACUGGGAAAAUAAAAAUUAAAGGAUAUUUCCUUGUCUAGAGACAUGAUUAGCAAACUAAACUCAAUACAUAAACAAAAGCUUUUUCCCAGACUCGUCACAGAAAAUACGGUUGUUAAAUAGUGAGAAUUAACAGUUCAGCUUUAGAAGUCCUGAUCUGUUCCUUAAGUAAAACUGAUGCACGGUAAUUUCAGGUUGAGCAAAAUGAUUAGAAUAUGAAUAAGAACAAUGGGUAAGCACUUACAGAUUAUUAAACAAACAGGAAACGUAUUCCAUACAUUUAGGAUUCACGAUACUAUGAGACAAAUUGUUGAUAUGGUCGAAAAUGAAGCAGAUUGAGACAACUUCUCAUAUGCAAUGGAUUUCAGUAUUUUUAAAAAUAAAUUGUACAUUACAGGCCAUAGAAACAACAAUUCAAUAAAGAUGUGCAUAUAAUGUAUUUAAUGUGCUGUUUUCAUAUUUUACACAAAGACUGUAAUUUUGCAUAAUAUUAUAACCAAUUUCUUAUGCCCAAGACUUCAUUCAAUACAAUAUGAAAAAAAUGGGUUUGAAGAAGAGUAUUACACCAAAUAACCUACAUCAAA